AUGAACUCUUUGAAUUUCUGCGGGCCGUCCAGCGGUGGUGUUUAUCCCCUCCACGGUGUCAACUCCAUGCUGUUCGACUUGCACCACCAGAUGGCGGAGCAGUACCACGUCUACUCCGCAGCAGGCCCCACGGUGCACACCCUCUCUGUGGCUGAGAGGCUGGCAGAGCUGAUUCUGGAGGCUCGCUAUGGGAACCAGCAGAAACAACGCCGCAGCCGCACAGCAUUCACAGUGACACAGCUGCAGGCGCUGGAGAAAGCCUUCCAACAGACACAGUACCCAGAUGUCGGUAUGAGAGAAAGGCUGGCUGUUUGCAUCAACCUGCCUGAGGCUCGCAUUCAGGUGUGGUUCAAAAACAGGAGGGCAAAGUUUCGUAAAGGUCAGAAGGGCUCCCCACUCUCCAGAGACAACGGUCUGGAGGAGACACCACAUUGCAGGAAGGUGGGACAGGAGGAAGUCAGGACUGAAGACAAACAGGACGUCAUCACAUCAUGCACCGACAGCAACAUCCCUCCUCCUCCUCCUCCUCCUCCUCAUGUGGAUAAAAUUAGGGAUGUUUGCCCUCCCCUCGCCCCUUCAGACUCUGGUAUCUCACGGUGCCCCCUCCGGCUACACUCUCCUCCACUUUUCCCUGUCAUGACAGGGGAGUGCUACAGCCACCCACCUCACCAGCCUGUUGUAGGAGUGCUGUCCACUGAGCUCGCCCUCCCCCCGUUGUUCUGGCCCAUCAUACAGCAGCACAGCUCCACCCUGGGGGUUCCUCCAUCAUCAGUUGCUAAAAACUGUAGCCUCUCCCUUCAGACUGCUUGUUCCAGUAAAGCUGUGCCUCGCCCUCACCUGGGGCUGUAA